ACCACCCUGUAAAACCAAUCAAUUUCCAACAAAACCCCAAUAAUUUCAGAAAAAUCUCUCCGUAGUCUGAAAAUGGCGGAAGAUAAGAAAGAGUCAACGUCAAGUUCGCCUCUCCAAGAAGAUCCCGAAGAUCCCGUCAAAUCCGCUCCUUCUUCCCCCAAUUCCUCCACUCGCAAGGCUUGCUAUGCUGUUCUUCAAAGUUGGGUGUCAAAGAAGUUCAUGACUGGAUGCGUGGUCCUCUUCCCUGUGGCUGUUACAUUUUUCAUCACUUGGUGGUUUAUUCAAUUUGUUGAUGGUUUCUUCAGCCCCAUAUAUGAAAGACUUGGUAUUGAUAUAUUUGGCCUUGGAUUUGUGACAUCGAUAACCUUCAUAUUCUUUGUCGGUAUUUUUGCUUCAUCAUGGCUGGGUUCAACAGUUUUUUGGAUAGGGGAAUGGUUUAUAAAGAGAAUGCCCUUUGUUAAGCAUAUAUACUCUGCAUCCAAGCAAAUUAGUUCUGCUAUUUCACCAGACCAGAAUACUAAUGCUUUCAAGGAAGUUGCUAUAAUUCGCCAUCCCCGAAUUGGUGAAUAUGCGAUUGGUUUCAUAACAUCGUCAGUUGUUCUCCAGAGAGAUGAUGGGGAUGAAGAGUUGUGCAGCAUUUUUGUCCCUACAAAUCAUUUGUAUAUAGGGGAUGUAUUUCUGGUUAAUUCCAAUGAUAUCAUCAGGCCAAAUUUGUCUGUGCGAGAAGGCAUAGAGAUCAUUGUUUCUGUGGGAAUGUCAAUGCCGCAGGUGAUUUCUCCUAUAGAAAGGAUCACACGACAGAGCGACCGGAUCCCUCUAAACAGAAUGUUAAAGUAAACAAAAUCAGCAUCUCAUUUGCUUAUGGUUUGCGCUAAGCUACCAUAAUCUCAAUUUUUUAGGGAAGUCGCAUAUGUAUACUGUUGGUCUUCUAUGUUCUUUUGAUGGUCCAGCAGAUCUGAACUGAAGCAAUUAGCGACAUUGGUGACUUUGUUGUGUGUUUAUUCUUUAGGAUUAGUAGGAGGAGAUCUGUUUGUCGGAAACAAAUAGGUAGGGAGGCAUUGUUUGGCUGUAGCUGGUUUACAUUAAUUAACAUUUCACCUUGGUCUGUACAGUCUGUAACUUAUGAGUUCUUGUGUUUGUAUUAUAAAGAGGCAAUCGGUGUUUAUUUUUCA